CAAUCGUCUGUUUCGGACAGUCAUGAACCGGAAACAUUUUUACCGGUACCGCUAUCGUAGGCACCCUUUCCCAACUCUGUUGACCGCCGCCACCGCUGCAGUCGUCGCCGCCGCUAUCGCGUUGGCAGUACUGUCGCCGACGGUUUUCAGCAGAGCGUGUCCGCCGCCACGCAAGUUUUCAUCUUGCUCGACCGUCGUACCCAAACAAACAGUCAGCGUAACGGGGCACUUUCGGUCGACAAAAACACAUAUCACAGCCACCGGCAGCGGAUAUAGCAGAUUAAAGACUAAUGUACACAAUCGUCAAAGGCCAUACAUCGCCCGACCACUUGGUUCUACUCGACGACAAUUAUGUGAGGCCGUUACAGUGGGACUAACAGAUGGCAAAGACGGACACUCAAACAAUACCAAUACCAACAAUACCAAUACAAAUAAUACCCGUUGCUACAAGAUCAAAUAUACAACACCCGUACCCACUACUAAACGUUGGUCACCAAUACUUAAAACUUACCCCCAAUUUCCGGUAACGAAUAACACGGCGACCAAACCGGACACUGACGCAAGUGCGGCUACUGUCCAAACCAAAGUCACGACUAAAAUAACCAAGACAACCAGACCGUCGACAACAACUGAAGCAACCGACCUUUCUGAUGAAAUACAAGAUAUGGCUGAAGAAACGACAUCGAUUGAAGAAUGUACCGAAGAAAUUACUUGUACUGAAGAAACUACAUGUACAGAAGAAACUACAUGUGCAGAAGAAACGGCUCCGUUCGAAGAAACUACCCCGAAAAAAAAAACGACCAGUAAGACCGAAGAAACUAAAAAUAUAACUAAUGAACCGACAAGUACAGAAAAAGUUAGUAAAACAACCGAAAAAUCUAGCAAAACUACUGGAAAAUCGAAUAAGACUGUAAAAGUGACCAAGGGUACCAAAAAAAUGACCAGGACAACCGAAGAAGAAAUCGAUGAGGUAACGUGCCCCGAAGACCCUGAGUGCACCGAUGAACCUUCAUGCAUUGAUAACGAAGUGACCAAAAAACCAUCAAAAACGCGUUCUCCACCGGAUCAGAAAUCGACGGCAGUGGUAAAACAGAAAAAUCGGUUGAAGAAGCAAAAUCAACGUAGUAGACGACCAUCGACGACUAUGUAUAAUCAAUGGUCGUCAUCGUUAUCGUUAUCAUCGGGUACAACCACAUUGGACGAUUCGUCAUGGUCCCACGAUAGACUUAAUUAUGAAUCACUAAAAUCGGACCUAAACAAGGAUAGUGAAUUACAGCCGCCACCGAUUGAUCAAAAAGGUAUACACAUAUAGUCAACUAUAUACGGAUUGAUAGCGACGGUUUCAUCACAAAGACCUCAACAUGUUAUCUGCACAGUCCUAAAAUAAUGAUUGUUUUACUAUAAUAUGCUUAUUAUAAGCUUAUGGGAGGCCACUGUUGUACACGCAUCCCGCUGAUGAUCAAAAACUUCGUAACAAAUUAAUUUCAUCCGAUGUCGGUAUUUUUUCUCUCUAUUACAAAUCCCAAAUUAUCUACUAUAGUUUUUUGGUGCCAGAAAAUCUGUUAUAAAUGGUGUUUUUUUCAACUUAUUUUCAUGUAAAGAUUUUUGAAUUUGUUUUAAAUACAAUA